AUGUAUGCGGAGUACCCCCGGCCAAGGGACAGCGACAGCGGCUGCCUCCGGUUCUUCAGCGCGCUGCUGAUGGGGAUGAAUAUACUCCUGACAGCUGCUGCCGUCGCAGGCCUGGCCAUUGGCCUGCUGGAGCGCAGCACUAUGGAGGCGACGCUGAAGGAGUUGUGUUUGUCGUGCCACACAAUGUUUAUUGCGUACAUUGCGGUCCUCAGUGUGCUCCUCGGCUUUUCACUGCUCGGCUUCUUUGCCCUCUGCACUCGUAAUACGUUUCUGCGUGUGAUGUACUUCAUCUACCUGUUCUUGGUGUUUCUGGGGGCCUUCGCCAUUUCCCUCGCGUACUUCCUCGUCAGCACGAACCAAGUCAACAUGGAGGCAAACUGGGACAAGGCCACCGUGAGCAGCCCCCAGGACAUUUGCUCCCUCGAGCUGCAAUUUCACUGCUCCGGCUGGAAGACGCUCUGCAACACUUCACCUGUGAAAGGCACGCACUUUCUGACCCGACAGGACGGUCUGCCGUUCCUCACGGGGGGAGACGAGCGGACACCCGCGAAUAAUGCGGUUCCACUGGCUGUUUCUGCCGACCCCGCCCUGCAGGUUUUCUGCCCCGUCUGCAGCGAGGAGGAUCAAAAAGAAAUCAAUCAAUACAACAGCACAUGUGAGUCUGUUGUGAUGGGCGCCAUUAAGCACCACAUGAAGGAAGUGCUUCCGAUUGGGCUCUCCAUCACAGUCAUUGCCCUCCUUGGGAUGAUUGUGACAUGUCUGCUGCGGCGCGAGAAAAACCGCGACGAAUAUUACGGCGGCCGUUACUACCGAGUGUAG